AUGUCCUUUAAAAUCGCUGUCAGCGCUCGUGACGGCAGGACCAUCCUCCCCAAAGGGGAGAAGUACAUAACCCUUGCUGACAAGGAUGCCACGGUGGCCGAUCUGAAGCGCGGCAUUGCCGACAGCCGUCCCGAGCUGUAUACGGCACGGCAGCGGCUCACCACUGUCGCCGAGAAGGGAAAGAAGGGCACCGUCCUGGAAGAUGGAAAGAAGCUAGCGGAGUACGGGCUGACCAAUGGGGACACCGUCGUCUUCAAGGACCUUGGGCCGCAGAUCGCGUACCGCGCUGUGUUCUUCUGGGAGUACUUUGGGCCGCUGGUGGUCUACUCCCUCUUCUUCUUCUUCCCCUACCUCAUCCCGGAGGAGCAUGGCUUUGCCCAGAAGGCCGCACUCACCUUCUGGGUUGCGCACUACGCCAAGCGCAUCGCAGAGACGUUCCUGGUGCACAGUUUUGGGCAUGCCACCAUGCCGAUCCGCAACCUGAUCAAGAACUGCUCCUACUAUUGGGGCUUUGCGGCCUUCAUCGCCUACUUCAUCAACCACCCGCUCUACACCCCGCCAUCCACCCUCCAAACCGUGCUGGCCCUGGCUGCCGCCUUCACCUGCACGCUAUCGAACCUGAGGUGCCACUUGAUCUUGGCAGACCUCCGGUCCCCCGGACGCGGCGGGUACUCCAUCCCACGUGGGUUCCUGUUUGAUUACAUAACCUGCGCCAACUACACCGCUGAAAUCUGGUCGUGGCUGUUCUUCUCCCUCGCCACCCAGAGCCUGCCGGCGCUCGUCUUCACCCUGGCUGGAGCAGGGCAGAUGGCGGUGUGGGCGGCGGGCAAGCACCAGAGGCUGAGGAAGCUGUUCGAUGGCAAGGAGGGCCGCGAGAAGUACCCCAAGCGCUACAUCAUGUUCCCUCCUCUCUUCUGA